UAAACAGGAGUCGAUGAGAACUAAGACUUCUAGCGCGCUAAACGGAGCAAAGGUUGACGGGCAGGUGUAUCUUCAUUGUGUGCGCAUUGCGGGUCGGAUUGUUCCUUCUGGGCUUAAAAAUUUCUGUUCCAAGAUGGAGCCAUCUCCAUUUAACAGAAGGCAAUGGGCCUCACAUUCUCUGAGGAUCACCGCCAAAGAGUUGUCUCUUGUCAACAGGAACAAGUCAUCUGCUCUUUUGGAGAGGUUCUCAAAAUAUCAGAAGGCAGCUGAGGAAGCAACUGCAGAGAAAAAAAGAAAUAACACAGACAAUCUUCCCCCUCAUUUUAAAAGGGGGACCCUCAGUGUCCUGAGGAAGAAGUGGGAGAACCCGGCACUGGGAACGGAGACUCGGAAGGAAACACUGCAAAGCAGCUGUGCUGAGGUUAGGCAGAAGACUGUCAGCCCCGGUGGUGGAACUGAAAGCAGCUGCUCUGCUCCCCUAGCAGAAAUUGACAAAACCUCCGGGAUUGGUAUCAGAUCACGACUUCGUUCUUCUUCCGGAGGGAUUGGCCAGUUCAGAUAUCCCAGUAUUGACAGCGAAGAGGAUAAAAGCCAUUCACCCAAGAGUGGGAAAAUGGAAAAUUGUCUUAGAGAACCCAGACAAGAAGUAGGAAAACCUGAGACCAGUGAAAGCCCAGAUUCUUCAGGGAAAAUAGAAAAAUCUAGUGUUCCUCUGAGCAGGCUAAAGAUGAUGUUUGAGAGGGGGGAUGUAACCCAGACAAAGGUUCUUCGUGAGCAGGGAAGGGCUGUUGGUGGUAGCAGAAUCUCAGAGAAUAGCUUUUCUUCAGAGGAGCUUGACAUCAAUUUUGGAGAAAAAAGCCAUAAUGCCUCAGGGCAUCUGAUCUGCUCCUCUCCAACAUCCAACCCAGAGAACAAGAGGAACCAGGAGAUCCCUCGCUUAUCGGAAACAUCAAUCAAAGAUAGGCUUGCGAAAUACCAAGCAGCUGUGUCCAAACAGGGCAGCUCUAACAGUCAUGUGAGUGAGAUUCAAGUCAGCGAAAGUGAAGAUAAGAACUGCUCUGGUGAACAGAAGGAGAACUUGCCACCAAGCUUUGAAGAUGUGUUUCCCCAGCAGGAUGGGGAGAAGGUUUCCAUAAUAGAUGGCUUGAAUUCCAAUCUUUAUGAAAACAGCAGCAUUGGAUUAAAUGCCCAGAAAGAGACUGAAGUCCUGAGGUCUGUCUACGCCAAGCAGCAGAGCCCUGAUUCUAGAUUGCCUAGCCAGACUGACACUUCUCCUCCGAAAACAGUGAAGAAGUUCCAGUUGCCAGCAAAGGAAACAUGUGUUGCUUGCAAGAAGACUGUAUACCCAAUGGAACGUCUCUUCGCCAACCAGCAAGUAUACCAUAUCAGCUGUUUCCGCUGUUCUUACUGCAACAGCAAACUCACACUUGGAACAUAUGCAUCCCUGCAUGGUAAUGUUUACUGCAAGCCUCACUUUAACCAGCUCUUUAAAUCAAAAGGCAACUAUGAUGAAGGCUUUGGGCAUAAGCCACACAAAGAACUAUGGGUAAGCAAAACUGAGAAUGAAGAAUCCCAGGAGAAACCUGCAUAUAUUGGAAAUGCAUCAGAAGGUCCUUCAAGCCCUGGGGUGGAAGAUGCUCCAAUUGCAAAAGUUGGGAUUCUGGCAGCUAGCAUGGAAGCCAAAGCUGCUGGUGUGCUUGAGAAGGAAGAGAGGCCUACAGAAACAAAGAAGCUGAAGAUUGCCUGGCCACCACCUCUGGAUCAUGGUAGCCAAGGAAGUAGCUUAGAAGAAGGUAUCAAAGUGUUGAAGCCGAAGUGGCCCCCAGAAGAUGAGGUCCCAAAGCCAGAUCAUCCAGAAGAUGUGGACCAAGACCUUAAAAAGCUACGAAGGACAUCUUCACUUAAGGAAAGAAGUCGGCCAUUUACAGUAGCUGCUUCAUUUAGAACAGUCUCUGUUAAGAGCCAUAGAACUGAGAACACCUCACCUCCCAAAGCUAAGAGGAGUAUGGUCCAGAAAACUGAGGAACCCAAGAAGGAAAUGGUGAUGGAAAACAAGCCAGUGGAAGAAAGCAAUGUAGCUGAGCAUGGUGGUACUCCUAACACUACUGAGGAGGAGGAGCUGUACCAGGAAAAGGGAGAAAGAGUCCAGGAGAGCCUAGCUGAAAAUGGCCAGAAGUGUGCUGACACUGAUGAAGAGGAAGAUGCUACAGGAAAGCCUGCAUCUCCAGAGAAAGAGGCAUCAUUCUCUCUUUCUCCUAAACAUCUUGCCUUGAAUGUGACAACUGCAAAAGAACCAUCUGCUAGCCCAAGUCAUAAAUCCCAAGAUAUAGGGUUUUUUGAAGGGGAAGACCUAGAAGAUCUGACUGUGGAAGAGCAGAUCAAGCGCAACAGAUACUAUGAUGAAGAUGAUGACUAAAAAGCAAUAUGUUUCCCACUAGAGAACUUACUGCAGGGUGCUGGGCCUUAAAUUGGUGUGUUUUUGCAUUCUCCCCUCCCUUUAAAGCAGCUUUAUGAAAGUGAUACCGUAUUGCAGAUUAAUGCAUAAGGGAACCAUAAAAACUUGCUCAGAUUUGCAUUUUAUAGGAAAGUUCAUUGAAAGCCUGCCAGAAUAUAAUUGAUUUUAUGAAGACUGAGCAAACAUUUGUUGUGGGAAUAGCUGCUGCUUCAAUGAUGUAAAACUACACUCUUGAAUUCUUUGUAACUUGGCCAUUUAAAUGGCCUCUUAUGCUCUUCUGGUUUUGGUAAUACAGCUGUUUUUGCAGGAUGUCACUGUACUCCCCAAAGCUGAACUGAAAGAAAACGGCUCUUGAGAUACAUUGCUAUUACCAUUCACACCACUACUGCAGUGCUUAGGGACCAGUUCCAAGGGGUUUGGGAACCACUUUAAAUGGUGGCUGCACUUUAACAAUUGUGUAAAGGCACAAAAUAUACUUUAAAAAAGAAUAGUGAAAACACUGUCUUCUAGAUAGGUGUCCAAGAAUAACUAUCUUAAAUAUGCAGUCAGUGACAUAAUUUAGGGAAAAACUAUUUUUAUUUGCAGCAAUCAGAAAAGAACCUUCUUUGCACUUUGCUUUUUUCAUUUGUUUGUUUUUCAUACAUCAUUUAUACAUUGGGACCCAGGUAAAUCAAAAUCUGCUGGUUGGCCAUCUUUCUCAUUCCUGCCUAGAAGUGUGGCAUCUUUAUUUCUAAGAGUACUGCUCAGCGAAAGACUGUGUAGAGAGGGCAAAGCUUCUGUCUGUAAUGCAUCACUACUUAAAUUUCACAUUUUUCUUCCUACGUAAACUUUCUUACUUGAAAUGUCAAUUCUCCUCUUCUGCAAGCAAUGUAUGUUCUGAAACUUUACAUAUACACAACUUCAAGAUUUAAGAGUUGUCAUAAAAAAUGCUGCAUGCAAAACUCUACAUCAUGAUAAAUAGACAAAACAGUCAGGAUUUCUUGGGAUUGAUUUCUAGUAUUGUGUUUUUAGUGCUUUUCAACUUGACUUAUGUAUUUUAUAAAUCAUAGUAUUCUGAGCUGGACAAAGAAUUUACUUUAACCAUUUUUAAUCUUUUUGUAAUGUGUUCACUUAAAUUAGCUCUAACUAUAUUUAGAGUUGUAAAAUAUUCUGCUUUCUUACCAAUCUUGCUAAGUAUGAAACAUUUUUAUUCAAUAAAGGCUCUGUCAUUUUUAUUGUUGAA